AUGCCUGGUAUUAAUGAACAGCCACCCUUCAAGGUCCUGAUAAUUGGAGGUUCAUACGCAGGAUUGGCGGCGACACUGAACCUGGUUGACUUGUGCCAAGGUCGAAAGUGUCGUUUCAAUCUCGAUGAGAAUGACAAGGCGCCCGAACACAAGGUUCCUGUGCAAAUCACGAUCGUGGAUGAGCGUGAUGGCUACUUUCAUAUUAUUGGCCUACCCCUCGCUAUAGGAUCCAAUGUCGAUGCCAGUAUAUUUUGGAAGAAGUUUGAUGAUAUUCCUGCGCUCCAGUCCCCGGACAUCAGUCACAUCCGAGGACGGGUUGAUUCGGUAGACUGCAAGUCGCGCAUUGCGCGCAUUGUUCAGAGCACCGGUGAUGAUGGACACAAGAUUAUUGAACAGAAAUACGAUUAUAUGAUUGCGUGUUCGGGUUUGCGGAGAGAAUGGCCCAGCGCUCCGAAAUCGCUGACUCGGGAGGCAUACCUUGCUGAAACUGCAGAGUCUGUACAGGCCAUCGAGAAUGCUGCUGCAGGUGUCGUGGUGGUGGGAGGUGGUGCUGUGGGUAUCGAGAUUGCAGCGGAAAUCAAGAUGCUCCAGCCUCAAACCAAAGUCACACUCGUGCACUCUCGACAGCAACUGCUGUCUUCGGAACAACUUCCCGAUGAAUUCAAGGCUAAAACACUUGAGUUGUUGACGGAGUCCAAUGUCGAGCUUGUGAUGGGUGCGCGACUUCAAGACACACUACUGGCUGAUGACUCCACUGCUGCAAAGUUCUUACUGAAGCUCUCAGAUGGUCAAGAGCUGUAUGCUGACCAUGUCAUCAAUGCUGUGUCCCGGUUUACCCCCACGUCAUCUUAUCUGCCCAAGGAAGCCUGUGACCCAGAAGGAUACAUUCGUAUCACAUCCGGUCUCCAAUUUUCGGGCGAUGUUCCUAACAAAGAGUACCAUUAUGCAGCGGGUGACCUCGCCUCUUGGUCUGGUAUCAAGCGUGGCGGAGCGGCAAUGCACCAGGCGCACUUUGCAGCCGUCAAUAUUCAUCAGCGGAUGUUGGCGGAGCUUUACAAGACUGAACCUACAUUCAACAAUUUGGUUGCAGUAGCACCCAUGAUGGCUUUGGCACUUGGAGAGACUGCUGUCGGAUAUUUCCCGACUAUGGGGCUUUCCUCGGGUGACGAAAUCCGCAAUAUGUUCUUCAAUGAUGAUCUCGGAUAUGGAAUCUGUUGGAGAUGGAUGCGCUUGGGAGAAGAUACAGAGUAUAAAUCGUAA